AUGACUGACCGAACAAAAGAAACGUAUUCAGAAAUUUUAAAAUUUUUAAAAACUAAGAAACCAAAUCUGAAGCCAUCUAUGUUAAUGGUUGACUUUGAAAAUGCUUUUAUAUCAACUUUUAAAGAAGAAUUUCCAACGGCGGUUAUUAGAGGUUGCUUUUUUCAUUUUACUCAGUGUGUUUGGAGGAAAAUACAAAAUAGUGGCCUACAGAUAAAAUAUGGUCAAGAUUCUGAAUUUGCAUUACAAGUUCGACUUCUUUGUUCAUUGUCAUUUAUACCACCAAAUAAAGUAAUCGAAGCCUUUGAUGAGCUUAUUGAAUCAGAAUAUUAUAUACAAAAUGAAGAACUAUUAGAAUCUAUAAUAAUGUAUUUUGAAGACACGUGGAUUGGACGUUUAGGGCGAAGAGGACGAAGAGGAGCACAUUUUAAUAUUGAUUUGUGGAAUUGUUAUCAAUCAGUUAUUGACAAUAAGCCUCGCACAAACAAUGCCGUUGAGGGGUGGCACCAUGCCUUUAAUGGAUCUCUAGGAGCUCAUCAUGCAUCGAUAUGGAAAUUUAUCAAGUGUCUCCAAUUAGAGCAAGGUCUUCAAGAAGCAAAAAUUGAAAAAUACAUGUCUGGUGAGCUACCCGUUAAAAAAAAGAAAAUUUACGAGAAAUUGGAUAAACAAUUAAAAGAAGUGGUUCUUAAUUAUGAACAUGUUACUGUACUUAACUAUUUAAAAGGCAUUGCGUGUAAUUUUUCAUUUUAA